AUGUAUUCGGGAAUGUACUAUCCUCCAAGUCCUUUAAAUGGACAAACUCCAAUAGGAUACCCUUUCCAACCACCAGUGACCCCACUUGAUUCGAACUAUAGUCAAUCAAUGUUACCAGCAAAUUUGAUCAAUAGUCCUUAUAAUUAUCCCAGUCCAAUGAAUCAUAUGAAUCAUAUGAAUCAUAUGAAUCAUAUGAAUCAUUCUCCAUACCUAACAUCCUUACCAUCAAAUUCAAAUUUAGAUCAAUUAAAUUUAUCAAGAACAAUUAUAUUGAAAAAUUUAAAUGAUGAUUUAUCAUUAAAUGAAUUAUUAAAUGAAAUAGAUUACGGACCGAUUGAAUACGUGAAAAUUUUCUCCAAACCAGCACCAAAUCAUAUAAAAGAUGUUAAAUGCUUGAAAACUUGCUAUAUAUCAUUUAUAAAUUCGAAAAUAUCAAUUAAUUUCCAUUUAAAAUACUGCAAGAAUACAAAUAACUUGAAUAACUUGAAAUUGAAAUUGAAAAAUUCAAAAUAUUUGAAAAUUCAAUUAAAUGAAGGUCCAAAUCAUUCAAAUAAUAACUCAACCAUUAGCAAACAAGAUUUCAUCAAAUUGAAAACUUUGAAUUAUAUCUUGGAUUCAAAUGCUACCAGAUGUAUCCUUAUUAAAAUCUCUUGUAAUUCAGAUUUUUUCUUGAAAAAAAUUGAAUCGGAAAUUUUUAAUCAAGGUUGUAAAUUCGGUGAUAUUGAAGAUUUUAAAAUUAACUAUAAUGAUUUACUGCAAUAUAAAAUCUUGAUUCAUUUCACUUCCAUUGACGCUGCUAUCAAAACUUAUGAAUUCUAUAAUAAAAGAAUUCAAAUUGAUAAACAAAAUCAAAUUGAUAACGAAGGUAAUUUAAAUAAUGAGUCCGGUUAUAAAUUCGUUUACGUUGGUUUCCAUAAGGAUAGAUGUGAUCGAACAGUUAUUGAUAAACAAAUCCAUCAAACCUCUUCUUCCAAUUCGGCUUCUUCUUCCUCAAAAGAUGAUGUGGAGUCCGAUUUAGAUGAUAAUGUUUCAAUGAUUUCUUCAAAUCAUUUAAAUUAUCCUUCUCAAUUUAAUCUUUCAAAUACUUCUUCUUCUAUUUCAAAUAAUUAUAAUCCUGAUCCCUUUAACGUUGGUAAUAGAACCAUUUAUUUGGGUAAUUUACAUCCAAAUACUACCAUUGAAGAAAUUGCCAAUAACGUUAGAGCUGGUGGGUUGGUGGAACAAAUUAAAUAUCACCCCGAUAAAAAAGUUUGUUUUAUCACCUUUGUUGAUCCAACUAUAGCUUUGAAAUUUUAUUUAAAUCAUCAAGUUUUACAUCAAUUAAUCAUUCAUGGUUUUGAUAUUACCGUUGGGUGGGCUAAAAAUCAUAGUGGUCCUAUCAAUAGAGAAAUCUCUUUGGCGGUAACUGCAGGUGCUUCUAGAAAUGUAUAUAUCGGUAUUAAACUAAUUAAAGAUCAAUCAAAUAAAAAACAAAUUCAAGAAGAAACCAAAAGAAAAAUUCAAUUACCAAAUGAUUUACAAUUACGUAAAGAUUUUGAAAAAUUCGGUGAAUUAGAACAAAUUAAUUUUUAUCAUAAUAAAGAUUGUGGGUUCAUAAAUUUCUUAAAUAUUAUGGAUGCCAUAAGAUUGGUUGAAUUAUUCGAAACUAAAAAUGAAUCUAAAAUUAAUAAAAUCGCCGGUGAUGAUGAUGAUUCAAAUCCGUUAUCUUUUUAUAAUCGUUAUAAAAAUUUUAAAAUUAGUUUUGCUAAAGAUAGAUGUGGUAAUCCUCCAAAAUUCUCUUUUAAGAAGAAAUUAAAUAAUAAUUUUGGUCCGGCUGGUAAUACUAUCUUGGAUAAUUCUGAAUAUAAUAAAUUUAAAUCAAGACGUUCUAAAAAGAAAACUGAAAAACUGAAUGAUGAUUUAAUAGAUAAAGCUUCUGAUAAACAGAUUGAUAAAUCUUCUGAGAGCUUGACGGAUUUAAAUGAUAAAUCGUCCGAUAAAGAUACCAUAAAUGAAGAAGCGGCAAUGGUGUUUGGUAUUAUUAGUGGUAAUCCAGAAAAUGCUUUCGGUAUAACGGACGAUAAAAAUGAAAUUGAGAAUGGAAAUGGAAAUGCAAUCGAAAAUGAAAUCGAAAAUGAAAGCGAAAAUGGAAAUGACAAAAAUGAAAAUAUUCAAGCUGAAGCUAAUGACGGUGACGAUAAUGAUGAUGAUGAUGAUGAUGAUGAUGAUGACGAUGAUGAUGACGACGAUGAUGUUUCAAUCAUUAUUGGCUCAGAUGAUACUUCUUCAACCAUUAAUAAGAAAAAUCCUAAAAAUUUUUAUAAAAAUAAUAAUCAAAAUAAACUGAGCUUAUCUGAUGGAUUUGUUCGUGGUAGAAGAUCAAGAAACUCUUCGACGGUUUCACUCAAUUCAAAUUAUGCUAAAUAUUAUCAUCAACCUUCUAAAUUUCAUCAAUCUCCUUAUUUACAUCACCAACCUAUUUUCCCUCAUCCGCCACCUUCUUCAAAUGCUCCUCAAUCAAAUCAAUUUUAUUAUUUACCAAAUCAUCAAAAUUCAAGACCAAUGUUAUAUAGCAAUCAUUCAGGUUAUUUUAAUCAAAUGCCAAUGCAACCUCUGGCUCCAAUGCCUCACCAUUCUUUUAAUCAUUUACCAAGCCCUCAAUCAAAAAAUUCACAUUUAACUUCUGGUUCUCAAGUUAUGGCUCAAUAUCUUGCUAAAUCUCAGCAUGAUAAUUUAUUAUACGCUGCAAGUAUUCUUUCAAAUGAUGUUGACAUAGAUGAAGAUGCUUCAGAUUAUAGUUAUAAGUCAAAUAACCGUUCUAGACAUAGUUCAAAACGUUAA